ACACGCGUUAUCCAACGCGUUUGGUGUGGCCGUACCUUUAGUCUCCAAACAGUGGCUUUCCACACUCCCCAAAGUCGCUCCAGGUUUUGUGUAUUUGCACCUAAGAGUCCAGCAAUGUUCUUGCGCUCCAUUCUCCUGUGUGGCCUGCACGCCCUCGCCCUGGCAGGUCUGCUUACCGAGCCUUCAGCUGACUCCAAGGUGAAGCUUGAGCGCGGCUCCUGUCCGAUUUUCUGGUAUGACUCUGGCACCUACUGCUACAAAUAUGUUACUAGCAAAUUGACCUGGGCUGAUGCUGAGAUCUACUGCCGUUCUUUGGGCGCAAACCUGGUCUCUAUCCAUGGCUUCAGCGAAAUGACCUUCAUUGACAUGGUGAUACAGAACUAUGACCCAACCAAAGGGUACCACUGGAUUGGACUCAGUGAUGUGCAUAAAGAAGGCUCCUGGUUAUGGAGCGACGGUUCUCCAUUAGACUUUCCUUCUUGGUACCCGGGAGAGCCAGACAACCUCGAGGGAGGGCAACAUUGUGCCCACAUAACAUAUUGGGAUGGGAUGGAAUUUGGUUGGAAUGAUCAAGCAUGCACAAUGGCUUUUUCUUCUGUUUGUAGACGUAAAACCUUUCCAUAAGGUCUAGGACAGUUUAUUUGAACCAACAAAAAUUUGACCAAUAAAAAGACUAUCUUUUCA